AUCACCACAAACUUGCAGACUCCUUCCGCGCAGGAUAUCCACUUCUUUGCGCUUUCUCAGCAUACAAUGGCUCCAGCACCUAAGCGCGCCGCCACUAAGGCUGGCAAGAAGGGCCCGAAGGUGACAAAGAAGUACACCAUCAACUGUGCUCAGCCUGUUUCCGACAAGAUCUUCGACAUCUCCGCCUUCGAGAAAUUCCUCCACGACCGAAUUAAGGUUGACGGACGCACUGGAAACUUGGGUGACUCCGUUGUCAUCUCUCAGGCUGGUGGUGACAAGAUCGAGGUUGUCACGCACAUUGAAUUCAGCGGCCGUUACCUAAAGUACUUGACGAAGAAAUUCCUCAAGAAGCAACAGCUUCGUGACUGGCUCCGCGUCGUCUCGACAAGCAAGGGUGUUUAUGAACUAAGAUUCUUCAACAUCAUGCAGGACCAGGAGGAGGACGAUGAGGAGUAAACGCUCUCACAUGAAGGUCCUGUGCAUCUCGAACAGGUUUCAGGGUUCGUUUACCGCUAGACACUGCAUGCAGGCGUUCGGAGAGCAAAUCAAAUAGAGCGAAAUACGAAAUUAUCAAAAGUUUCAAUUAAAUAUCAGUCGCCACCAAGGCCUUGCCUUCUUGA